CCGCGCUUCUGCCUCGCACCGCCGCCUGGCUCCGCGCCGCUCCGCGCAGCCCCCGCCGCCCGCCCAUGGUGCUGCCCGGCCCGCCCAGCAUGUCCCGCUCCGAGGAGGUGCAUCGCCUUACCGAGAAUGUCUACAAGACAAUCAUGGAGCAGUUCAACCCCAGCCUCAGGAAUUUCAUUUCUAUGGGGAAGACCUAUGAAAAAGCCUUAGCAAGUAUGACAUAUGCAGCAAAAGGAUACUUUGAUGCUCUGGUUAAGAUGGGAGAGUUGGCCAGUGAAAGCCAAGGAUCUAAAGAAUUGGGCGAUGUGCUCUUCCAGAUGGCAGAAGUCCACAGGCAGAUCCAGAACCAGCUGGAAGAGAUGCUCAAGUCCUUCCACAACGAGCUCCUGACGCAGCUGGAGCAGAAGGUGGAGCUGGACUCCCGAUACCUGAGUGCUGCACUGAAAAAAUACCAGACAGAGCAAAGGAGCAAAGGGGACUCACUUGACAAGUGCCAGGCAGAGCUGAAGAAACUUCGGAAGAAGAGCCAAGGCAGCAAAAACCCCCAGAAAUACUCGGACAAGGAGCUGCAGUACAUCGAAGCCAUCAGCAACAAGCAAGGUGAGCUGGAAAACUACGUCUCUGAUGGCUACAAGACAGCUCUGACAGAAGAGAGGAGACGAUUCUGCUUCCUGGUAGAGAAACAGUGCGCGGUAGCGAAGAGUGCCAUCACCUACCAUGCCAAGGGGAAGGAGAUGCUGACGCAGAAGCUGCCACUGUGGCAGCAGUCCUGCUCGGAUCCCAACAAGAUCCCAGACCGCGCUAUACAGCUGAUGCAGCAGAUGGCUGCCAGCAGCAAUGGCACCAUCAUGCCCAGCCCUCUGUCUACAUCCAAAUCCAACCUCAUCAUCUCUGACCCCAUCCCUGGUGCCAAACCUCUCCCUGUCCCCCCGGAGCUUGCACCUUUUGUAGGACGCAUGUCAGCGCAGGAGGCCGUGCCAGUGAUGAACGGAGUCUCGGGCCCAGACAGUGACGGGUACAACCACUGGUCUGAGAUGAAGCCAGCACAGCCCAAAUCUUUAUCUCCUCCCCAGCCUCAGAAGCAGCUGAGUGACUCUUACUCCAAUACACUCCCUGUUCGCAAAAACGUGCAACCGAAAAACAGCUACGCAUCAGCUGAAAACAAGACGCUGCCACGCUCCAGCUCCAUGGCUGCAGGGCUCGAGAGGAACGGCAGGACGAGGGUGCAGGCCAUUUUCUCUCAUGCUGCUGGAGAUAACAGCACCCUCCUGAGCUUCAAGGAAGGUGACCUUAUCACUCUGCUGGUGCCAGAGGCCAGGGACGGCUGGCACUAUGGAGAGAGUGAGAAAACAAAAAUGAGGGGCUGGUUUCCUUUCUCCUACACCCGAGUCCUCGACAGCGAUGGCAGCGAGAGGGUCCACACAGGGCUGCAGCAAGGGAAGAGCAGCAGCACUGGCAACUUGCUGGACAAAGAUGACAUUUCCAUCCCACCACCUGACUAUGGUAUGGGCUCCCAAGCCUUCCCAGCACAAGGCAUCAACACCUUCAAGCAGAGGCCAUACAGUGUGGCUGUGCCUGCCUUCUCCCAGGACUACCUAAUGCCCUAUGGUUGUGCAAUUAAAGACUAUGCCAGUGGCCUCUGCCAACCACCCUCCGCUCACUACAAGCCUUACGCUAGGUCGACAGCUGGUCUUGAUGACUAUGGGACAAGGUCUGUCAGCAGAAACCCUUUUGCCAACGUCCAGCUGAAGCCAACGGUGACGAACGACCGCUCGGCUCCGUUCAUCAGCUGAUCCAGGAGCGCCGGCGCCCGCCGUGCCACGCGGCACUCGCUGCCACCUCCUCCUCCUCUUUGCCACUGCAUGUCCAGCUUUUCCAGGACUUCAUUUUUAGGCAGAGUUUAUUUAAUCCUGCUGCUUUGAAAGCCAAAGGCUAAAGCUAGUGCCCUAGUUCUCUCUUCUCUAGACCCAGCUUCCUCCUCUUGGUGGCCGAGGGCUAAACUGCUGCCUGUAGCCUGUCCUUUGCCUGUGCAGAGUCAUGAUGGCAGCACGUCCCAGAGACAGUUUGGCUUUUAGGCAUAGCAGCAGCUCAACAUGGUUGGAAGAACAACUUCAGCUGGAAAACAGCUCUCCAGAGGCGAGCUGAGCUUCAGCCUUGCAACAAUGGCAGAGGACAAAUGCUCCCAUUUCUCUCCUUUGUCCAGCCAUCAGGGCCCCUUGAGACAGGCAGGAUAGCCAGGACCCCCUGUGCAAGCUGAAGGGGUGGUGGGACCCAUAGGCAGUUCCCAGUUCUCCUCGAUAGGGAGACAGUGGGCUGCUGCCAGUGGGAUGCUGGGAUGGGGCCGGCUCCACUCCCAGAGCUCCUGCAGCUCCAGGUCUCUGUCCAGUAGGGUAUAACGGUACUGCUGUAAAAUAUAAGCUAACCCCCCCCUCCCCCCCACCAAUUUUGGAGGCAAGGGCUCUGUUUAAGCGUGCCUUGGGGUGUCUGGGGCCAUAGGGUGCUCAGCAGUGGCACCCUGCCUCCCUCAGACUCUCCCUCUCCAGACCACUUGCUUGGCUGAUUGCUGUUCCUCUAUUACUAGAGCUGCAUGAGAGAGAGAGAGAGAGAUAGGUAGAGAUAAAUUUACAGAUACAUACACACUUGCUAAGCUUAUCACACGUGGGUUCUGUGCCCAUGAGUGUGCCAGCUCCUGGCCAAUCCCACAGCUCCUGGCUGCUGCUCACCCCAGGCUGUGCCAGUGUAAGGGUCACGUCCCAGCCACUGGAACAGGGAGAGGGUUUUCCAGGCAGGAGCUGUGGUUGUGUGCCAGGCACUGCCCUCACAGGUUUUGCCUUUUCCAUUGUCUUUGUCAUUUUGCACUUUGUAACCACCAGUGCACUGUGGCCCAUUCAGCAGGUGUUUUGCCAAGAUCCAGGCAUAUGGGUUGCUCCCAUGGGUGGUUCCCGUGGGUUCCCAUGUGAACAGAGCUCUUUCCCAGUCGUGGAAUGCUGGCUCAUCACUGCUGUGUCCCCUUUGAUGGUUUCUGCAGCUUCACUGCUGGAAAGCAGCUUCUCCUGCAGCCACCUGGGCUCUGGUCAGCCUGCUGCUUUGUCCUCUCCUGGGGCUGGAGCAAAUGGAUGUGGGGACAAAGGAUGAGAGGGACAGGAUGGGGCAAGGGCUCUGCUGAGGUGUGGGGCAGCAGGUGGGAGAGGGCGAGGGGGCUCACAGGCCUCGGCGUCCCCCUUAGCCACCAGACUAGUGUUAUCUUCUUCCAGCCCCGUGCUGGGGGGGGGAGGUCCUGCCUGCUGGCACCCCCAGGCUCCAGCCAGCCUCUGGGGCUGUGUUGCACCUCCUGGCUUGGUGAAACCUGCAAGAUGUAACCUGAAAUAAUUUUUUAUGAGAAAAAGUAAUUUAUGAGCAAUAAAAUCCACUCCCUCCCACCCCAAA